AUGGAGCUGAACAGACUGCUCCUCCUCACAUCCUUCCUCCUGCACGUGAAAGAGGACCGUGCCAGCCCAACACGGCUGGUCUGUGACAACAGGCUCAUCCAGAAGUACAUCGUGGAGGCCAAGGACAUGGAAAAGAGAGUGGGCCAGUGCCAGGCCCUGCCUGCACUCAGGUGCCCUGCAGUGCUGCCCUUGGUGGACUUCACUUUCCAGCAGUGGAAAUCCAAAUCGAACGAGACCAAGCGGCGGGAGAUCCUGUGUGACCUGGCCCUGCUGCUGGGUGCUGCAGCAGGGGCCCAGGGCCAGGUGAGCGACGAGUGUGGGGCCAGGCAGCUGAGCCAGCUUUACCGACACGCCAACUCCUUCUUCCUGCUCCUGCAGACCUUCAGCUGGGAGACAGGACACUGGGAGCCCAGCUGCUCCCCACACUCCACGGAGCAGACCCACAUCCCCAGCAUUUUCCUCACCUACCGGCAGCUGGUACAGGGCAAGCUGCGCUUCUUCUUCUACGACCUGGCCACGGGCUCGUGCAAGCAAGGACAGGGGGACAGCAGAGACCCUCCAUGCGGGGCCCAAUGAGGCUGUACACAGGGUUCAACCACAAAGCAAUGCUGGAGCAAUCCUGCGGGACACUAAGCUGUGCUCUGGGUGCCCAGGAAGAUGCCCACAGGGCAUCAGGGCAACAG